UUCUGCUAGUCGCUGGCGGCUAAAAGCUGCAGCAGAAGAAGCCGGAGGGUCAGAGGCAGUUAGGGCUAGAGGCUGACCAGGGAAGCUAAGGUAGGGAGCCUAGAGUUGGAGGACAGGCAAUCCAGGAGUCCCUGAGAGAUUCCCCGCGUUGCCAUCUCCCCAUCCCUUCCUUCGGCUGCCUCUCCAAGCUACAAGGGUGACUGGGAGCUGGAUCGCCCUCGGGGUGCCCCUCCAGUUGUGUGUGCACAUUGGGCCAGCUGUGUUCUGAGACCAGGCGGCUGGAAGAUGCUUAAAGGCUGCGGCCGCCGCCUGCUCCUGUCCUUAGUUGGAGCCCUGCUCGCUUGCCUCUUGGUGUUGACGGUGGAUCAGAGGCAGCAGCUGCGACAGCGGUUGCCGCAGCCGCCGGCGGCGGAGGAACUCCCGGGGGGCGAGGUAGGACGUCGAGCUCUGCAGAGUCUGGCUGGUCCCAGCGAACCCCAGAGGCAGGGACCACCGCCCCCGCCGCAGCCCCAGGAGGAGCCCGCUGCCUCGCGGGCUGGGGCGUCUGGUCCCUCCGGGGAUGUCCGCAGCUUCUCGGAGUAUUUCGGCCAGCUGAGUCGAGCUAGAAGGGACGUGGGGCCCCUUCCUGGGGUAGCCCCGGUGCGCGACAGCGUCCCCAGGCCCCAGAUGGAGCAGCUCUUUCCUAGAGACGUCUUCAUUGCAGUCAAGACCACCAAGAAGUUUCACAGAUCCCGCCUGGACCUGCUUAUGGACACCUGGAUCUCCAGGAAUAAAGAGAUGACUUUCAUCUUUACAGAUGGGGAAGAUGAAGUACUGAAGCAACAUACAGGCAAUGUCAUCAAUACCAACUGUUCUGCGGCCCAUAGCCGCCAGGCUUUAUCCUGCAAGAUGGCCGUGGAAUAUGACAAGUUCAUUGAGUCAGGAAGGAAGUGGUUCUGCCACGUGGAUGAUGACAAUUAUGUCAACGUUCCAAUGCUUGUCAAGCUGCUAUCCAGCUACCCUCACACUCAAGAUGUCUACAUUGGCAAGCCCAGUUUGGAUCGACCCAUCCAAGCCACAGAGAGGAUCAGUGAGAACAAGAUGCGUCCUGUUCACUUCUGGUUCGCAACUGGUGGGGCUGGUUUCUGUAUCAGCCGUGGACUGGCCUUGAAGAUGAGUCCCUGGGCAAGUGGGGGCCACUUCAUGAACACAGCAGAGAAGAUCCGACUGCCUGACGAUUGUACCAUUGGCUACAUCAUUGAAUCUGUGUUGGGUGUGAGGCUCAUUCGAAGCAACCUGUUCCAUUCCCACCUGGAAAAUCUUCAACAGGUGCCCAAGUCAGAGCUCCAUAAACAGGUAACACUGAGCUAUGGAAUGUUUGAAAACAAGAGGAAUUCCAUUCAUAUGAAAGGUGCAUUCUCUGUGGAGGCUGAUCCAUCCAGGUUCCGCUCUAUCCACUGCUUGCUAUACCCGGAUACUCCGUGGUGUCCUCGUAAUGUGGUCUACUAGGAGACUUCUCGUCUGUCCUGUAACCCUCGUCCCUGAGUUCCCCUGGUAUCCAAAGGGCUCAUGGGACCUGCGUCCUGUUCUUGUCCUUGCUGUGCCCGUCAUGCACAGUGUGUGGGUGUGUGUGUUUGUAUAAUAGGCUGCUGUGUGGCCCAUGGUUACUGAGCUGGGGUGGGGAGGGAGGCAAGGAGACAAGAGCUGUCUCUCUGGACUCCGUCUACACCAUGUCUUCUCGUGCUGGAGGAAGAGGAGACGCUAAAGCCUGGAUGAAAACAAAGAAGAAUUAGACAGGGGAGGUCUUGCCAUCAAUGAACUUGGAACACUUCCUGAUGGCAGUGCUGGAACUUGUCCCAGGAUGGUCCUGGAGCUAUGUGCUCUGUCUCCUGUAUCAGCUGUUUUCUUUCCAACGGGACCAAUUUUUCUCUGGUUGCUGCUGUCUUUAAGCCACUCCUGGGUGACUUUGCAAAGCCUUGACUAUUCCUGUGACAUCUGAAUCAUCUCUUCCUCUCCUGCUUCUUCUUGUGUUGUAUUCCAGGCUCCGGUUCCUAUCCAGAUGAAGGUUUUUAUUUGUAAGAGGUCAAUUGGGGUGGGAGGGGCAAUAUGAGUGGGAGAGAGGAGGGCUAGAAAAUGAGGGGAAAAGAUCUCUGUAUGUCUUUCCUGGUUUGAAAGGAUGGGGAUUACAUUGCUAGAUGCUGCUGAAAGUGAGGAGAGAAGCGGCUCUCUUUUACCCAAGAUCCUAAAUCUCUUGGGAAAUGACAUAUUAAGAGAAGAGAGAAAUAGAGAGAAAGUGAGCGAGUUAAUGUGUAUGUAUGUGUGUGUGUGUGUAUGUAUGAGUGUGGGAGCUGUGGCCUCCUCUCAGGACCCCAAGUUCACCAAAGGGGAAAAGGUCUGAAAGGAGACAAGGCCUGGGGCAGAGGAAGAGGAGAGCCCAGAAUCAUUUGCUCCAGCCAUUGGGGCUUACUAUUAUUGACUGAACUAUUUUCAGUCCCAGAUAGCUAUGCAGUAUUUAUAUGCAAUUAACCAUCAGCGGUUAAUUGAAAAGAAAUAGAGAAAUGUAUAAUGGUAUUUUGUUAUUGUUCUAAGGGAUGUUAGGUUUAGGGUAGAGAGAGACAGAUGGACAUAUGCCAGGAUGCAUAUCAGUCAUUCUGUCUUGGGGUUCAGUAUCUUCCUUCAGGACCAGGAGUCUGCCCAAUUAUACCUUUGGGAAAUCUUUCUUAAUGGGAAGGGGAUAGAAAUGCCCUGUAACUUCCCUGUCACUUUUAUCAGUUCAAAAGUGAGCUGAGCAGUGCUUAGGCCCAAGGAAAGGACAAGGUCAGCAGUCCAGAAUGAGAGCCCUCUUGGGCUGUGGACUCAGUUCCUGCCACCAUCCCAAGCUGUGAGGAGCCAUUGGGACCUUCUGCUGUUCCAAGCACCUGACCACAUCCUGGGGCUGGGGGUAAGCUGGGUCUGGCUACUUCUAAGGUAGCUCCUGAGGUGAGGAUCUCCAUCUUUGAUUAUGUAGUUGGGGUCCUCAAGCUAAUAUCUGAAUAUUCCUGGGUGACUGAUCCCAGAAUCUUUGCUUUGUCUCCUUCCAAUAACUGGGCAGAGGCAGAGCUGAAUAUUCCCUAUCUGAGGUUGAGUGAAUUGGCCCAUACUGGGUGCGUCUGUAAAUAUUGUACUUGAACAGUAUUUUUUUUACUGUUAUCUUUUAAAAGAGGAGGAAAAAAAAAGAAAAAGAAAGAAAAGUAGUGGUUUUUUGUUAUUGUUGUGUGUAUUUUACCUUUUCUGUGGAUCGGAAAAACAAAAACCAAACUUCUGAUAAUCUUGUUUUUAAAAUGAAAUUGGAAUAUCUUAUAACUCUCUACUUAUUUAUAUGUUCCAGUAUCUGGAAUUUAUCUGUUCUUUUUCCUACUUAGUCCCUUUCCUGUUUGUAUGUUUUGUUUUUGUUGGAUUUUAUUGUUUAUUGUUUUGUUUUUUAAUAAAAACAUAGAUAGGAAAAAAACAAGGGAAAAAAGUUCUCAGGGAAUUAAACCUUAUUGUUACUACCAUGGUCACCCUGUGGUAUCCAGCAUUCUUUGCUUUCAAUAAAGCAGCUUUAUUUGCUGAUAA